AUGUCCUCAAAGGACAUGACAGAGCGAUCAUCGAAUACUCCCGCCGACAAUGCCGCCACUACUCCCAAUUCUGCUUCAGCAAAUUCGUCAGUUACGCAUACAGCUAUACCAUCAGCUACCUCGCAUCUUGCUGCUCCGCGCACAUUAAGCAUUGCAUCCAUUACAUCACAAUUUCCUAUAAACAUGUCAUCAAUGUCUCGUCCAGCAUCAGUACCAGGAUCCGUUCCCACAACUCGUACUCUUACGACAGAAGUUACACAAAUUCCACAAGGUCCACAACAACAGAUGGCUUUGAUACCAAAUCCUCCACUCCAGCGGGUGAUUGUGGCAGCGGCUUUGAGAAAUACUCCUCCUGAUGCCGAUGCUACCACUCUUGCAGAACUUGCGUUGGGAAGACCGUUGAAUGCUCCUGAAGAUAUGCAGGAAAUUGGAACAAUGCCAUCGGUUAUUGGGAUAAGAAAUCCAGCCUCCGCAUCAAUUCUGACAUCGGGAGGUCGUGGUCCUGCUGGCAAUACUAAUAGUUCUUCCGCGGCUAAGCAAUCGGCUGAGAUUCUGACCCCAACCCUAGCACCGGUUACCAUGGCGUCAUACAGCCCUGCCUCUACAUCUCUUUGUUUAGCACCAGCACCAAGAUUUUGCGACCUGAUGAACGUGGUAGAGAACACGAGGCAUAACCCCUUCCGACAUGCAAAUGAACACCAACCCACUAUACUAGACCAAAUCAUGAGUCACCUCGGUGCUGCCGAUCAAUCAAGUCUUCGAGAGACCAAAAAUGGAUUUCCAGAUCUGGAGGAAGAGGCUAAUUUAGAUCAGGAGAUUGAGAUGCCGCCAUCUCAUGUAUCUCAUGUAUCUCGUGCCUCUCGUUCAUCUCGUUCAUCAUCUUCAUCAUCAUCGUCUUCUUCUUCAUCUUCUUCAUCAGACGAAGAUACAAGACCGCAUGAUCGAGAUAGAUCUGAAGAAUUUGAUGCCGGGGAAUUCCAGCCAGGUGGAGAAGACAAAGAUGCAUACGGAAGCGAAGACAAAGAUAAAAAUCCCUCUGAGUCUCAAGAUUACACAUCUUCGGAACGCGAUGCACGGGAUAAAGAUAAAGAUGAAGAAACCAAAGGAACAGACGAGGGAAGCAAAACCCAUACAUCUACAUCUACAAGCUCAUCACACAAACACAAACACCUCUCAUAUCUCUUCCCCGACUCACUGUAUACGCUUUCAGAGUUUCCCACAAUUGAACUUGAACUUGAUGCUCUUUCCUGUCCCUAUCCCAGUCCCGAAUCCGAAUUCGAAUUUGGAUUUGAAUUUGAAUUUGAAGAUUCUGCUUUGGUUGAAGCGCCUGAGGAAGUCUGCGAGAGAUUACUUGAUGAGUUUUGGGGGUUGGGUGUUGAUUCCUAUUCUUAUUCUUAUUCUUAUUUGCAUUCAGAUUGCGAUUCUCGUCCUCGUUCGACUUUAAGUUCUGAUUCGAAUUCCAAUUCCGAUACAGAUUCAUCUGGAAACGAAACUGAAGAGAGCGUGGAGUUUUUGGGGACUGAUACUCAUGUUGAUAUUCAUGUUCGCGAUGGAAAACUAUACCGGUAUAUAGAUGCAGAUGCAGAUACGAAGACGAAUACCUCUGCGGAAGUUGAAUGUUCUCGUUCUCGCAAACGUCGAUAUUACUCGGUUUCGAAAGAGGGGUUUUUAGAGGGAAUGGGGGGGUGUACGCAGGAUUUGGAUGGAGAUGGAGGUGGAGAUGGAGAUGGAGAUGGAGGUGGAGAUAUAUGGGCCUUAGAAGCAACAUCAACACCAAGUAUCAAGAGGAGAAAAGUUCUGAUGUGA